AGAUCGAAGCUAUAAGUCUCUUGCAGAAGCAGCACGAAUCAAUUUUUAAGAUCUCAGGGUUUCUUGUCCCUUUUUAGGCUCCUUAAUUCUUCGUUGAUAGAGAUAAAUGGAUAUUGGGAUUAGCAACGGAUGGAUAACUCCGACAACUUCAGAAAGCUCUGGAUCUAAUUUCCUGGGUUUGCUUAGAUCCUACCCUAACACCAUCCCCAGGAAGACAAUUCAUAUUGGUAGAAGAACAAUGGUGAUUUCUAGUUCAAAGAAAGCGAAUCUCUCUGCUUCGAGGAAGCAGAGAAUUAAGCUACAGAUUAAUGGAAAAAAGGAGCUGACUUUCAGUGAGUUUUUGAAACACCCAUCUGGCAUGGAGGCUGUAAUCAACGCUAAGGCUUUGCAGAGUUAUCAUUUAGUUGAGGAUACUGAUAAUACUUACAGAUGUACAUUGCCAAAAGUUCAGUUAAUGAGCUUUGAAGUUUCUCCAGUACUGGUUUUAAGGGUCACUCCUACUCAGGAAGAUUGUACAGUUGAGCUGCUUUCCUGCAAGUUGGAGGGGUCAGAGUUGUUGGAGAGCCAAAGUGAAAGGUUUUCAGCAAUUAUGACAAACUGUAUGACUUGGAACAUGGAACAUCGAGAGCCAUUUUUGGAAGCUGACGUGAGAUUGAAUGUCACUCUAGAGAUCUCUACGCGACCGUUCACUAUGCUUCCAGUAUCAGCUGUUGAGGCUCCUGGGAAUCUAGUAAUGCAGACACUGGUAGAUACACUGGUCCCCCUUCUGCUUCAGCAAUUACUUAAAGAUUACGACGAAUGGAUUCAAAAACAGCAACGAAACUCCUUAAACACAAGUUCUUAAUCUAUUACCGAUGUUUUGUCAAACAGAAGAUGCAGGAUUUGUUGUGGCGUUUGAGAUAACAGCGUGUAUUAGAGAUAGCUCUGUAUAAGUAAAACGAAAUUACUGCA